GUGCGCGUUAGAAGCAACAUGGACGACCAAGGAAGACAGAAUUUACCAAAUUUGAAAAUAUGUGUAGAUAAUACUGAAGAAGGUGAAAUAUCCGACAGCGAUAGCUCGUUAGAGUCCGAAGUAGCAAUAGAGGUUGACGAGAUCGUGAAGACUGAUAACACUGGGGACGCUGGAGAGGUUGAGUUUAAUGUGAGAAUAGCGGAUGUUGGAAACGAAAACAAAACAAAAUCGAAAACAGAGGUUUAUACAAAGAAAUAUGAAAAUAGAGAUGGCGAUUUUAUCACUGGAAUUGACCUUACAUCAAAGGAAGCCAUUGAGAAGAAAGAAGAGCGUGCUCGAAGGUUUGGCAUUGAGGUGUCACAACAACAGGGCAUGGAUGCUGAUGUCAAGGCUCUCUACCAAAGUCUGGGCAUUAAGGAUGCUGACUUCAGCCAUGGCGAGCGUGGAGUCAGGCCAGAAGCUAUCCACAUCCGUGGGACUGAAGACAUGAGCACACAGGACAUAUUCCGCUAUUUCAAGGAGUUCGCACCAGGAGGUGUGGAGUGGAUCGAUGAUUCCUCAUGUAAUGUGGUCUGGGCUGACCCCACGACUGCAGCAAGGGCGAUGCUCAAAAUGAGUCGCAGUCAAGAGUCCGGCUCGGAAUUGAUGAGUGGCGAUGAAAAAUCAAAAGGCCAGAAAAAAGGUGAUGUGAAGACUCCGGUGAUGGACAAGGAGGAGAAGGAUGGUGUGAAGGAGGGAGGAGAGGAGCAGGGCAUGGAGGUAGACGAUGAUGAGCUGGAUCUCCUCACAGAUGGGCAGGAUGAAAAAGAAAAGAAAGAAGUGAAUAAAGCUGUUGAAGAAAAGAAGCCUUCAAAUGCUGGUGAUGUGAAAUUAGACUCAGAUGAAGAUACCUCAUCAAAGAGAAAGAACAAGAGGGCGGAGUCGACUGAGUCCACAAAGGAGGAAGAAGAGGUCGACUACGACGAGUGGGGAAGCAUCAACACCAAGGACAGCAAACCCAAGCACAAGGAACAAGUGCCCUGGCCACCUGGGAAAUGGAGGCUCGGUCUUAAUGCACCUAAAGCUAAAUUCAUCUUCCUCCGCUUUGCCACUAAAGCCGACAGGAAACUUCCUCGAGCAGAACGCAGAAGCAAGUACUACAGGAAAUAUGGAAAUCCCAAUUAUGGAGGUAUGAAGGGUCUCAUCAGCAACUCAAGAAAACAGAGAUUCCGCACAAAGACAUUCGAGGAGGAGUUAGAAGAAGCCAGGGAUGCAAUAGAAUCUCAGCGAGAGGAGCGGGAGGCCAGACAGAGGGGGAACUCGGAGGAGGAAGAGGUGGAGGAGGAGAUCCAGCUCCCCAGAGUGUCCCCGCUCAAGAGGAAGCGGGCAGAGUCUGGCGGCGGGAGUGGGAGUGAGGACGGGAUGGACAUGGAGGCAGAGCUGCAGCAGCUUCUUGGGCCCCCUGCUCGGAAACAGCGGUCAAUGAGGAUGUAUGCUGACGAUGAGGAGGAGGAGAGAAAAGCUAAGAGUCGACUUGGGAAGGGGAGUGGUGUGAUGACGGUUGUUGCCGGUGCUCGCAGCAGACCUGCUGGCAAAGUUACAGAUGCCCGAGAACUCAUCAAACGCAGUGCGUUGAGAUCUCAGAUGAAGAUGGACAAAAACAGGGACAGUUCACCAGAGUCCACAAAGCGAUCUCGAGGUGGUGAUCUCAGGUUGAGAGUAAUGACUAAUCCUCUGGUCAGUGACAGUGAAGAUGAGGAGGAACAGGAAGGUUCAGAGGAAGAGUCUGAGGACGGAGAAGAGACUCCAAGGUCAAAUGUUAUGUCACGUUUGGGACCCUCAGGGAAGGCUAGCGGUGACAGUGAGGGGGAAAGUGACGACAGUGACGGGGACUUGAGAGCAAGGCUUGGUGUUCACAGUUCUGUGGACCAUGUGAGGAGUGACCUUAGGUCAAGGUUAGGUGGUCGGAAAGGUCACAGUGACAACAGCAAAUAUCCUUCCAUGAGGAUUGAAGUGUUUGAAUGAUGCAUAAUAUCAUCAAGAUUCAGUGUGCUCAUUUCUCUCUGGGUAGAACCGUCUCUCAAUAAACAUCAUUCUCUGGAUAUAUUGAUGGAAUAUCAAGAUGGACAAUGACAGAUAAGUCGUAUGAAGCUUAAUGUCAUCAUUUGUGGGAAGCAACAAGUUAUGAUCUUCUUAAGUUUAUUUUUUUGUUUAUGUGAUAGGGGAUGCAAUUAGAUUUGAGGUAUUUGGCAUAAAAGACAAUUAGCAAAUAAACAAUAACAGCAAGAGUUGAAGUUGGACUGGAAAAUGGGAUAAAUCCAGAGAUGCCAGCCAUGACUAUUGUGGCGUAAUAGUUAAUUAAAAUCAUGUUAUUACCCUUGUCCUCCUCCAAAUUAUCUUUUUGUUAUAUUUUUCACGAAUUACUUUCAUGCAUAAAAAUUCACGGAGAGCAAAUUGUUAAUGCAUCAGUGACCUUUAUAAUUCUACAGCAAGACUAUGCUGACCAAGGACAGCAAUGCUUUUAAUUCAUAUGGUGUUAAAAUAUCCAUUCCAUGAUGAUACGAAGUCCAUCAUUGGUUGUCAUGUUUAUACACAUUUUAUCGAUCGGUUGAUCUUUAUGGGUGCAGACAGGGAACUAAUUGCAUGUACACUGUAAUUACUUCGGAGCUUGAAACACCACGUUGUCUUUCUGAAAAGCAGCUAAUUAGUGACACAUGAUAAAUUUGGUGAAUAUUCGGAGUUUUGUCCAUGUGUUUAACUUAAAUCAAGGCCAUAAGUCUUUGUCACAUGCAAUUACACUUUUUUACACCAAUGAUUGAUCUAAAACUUCAGUUAGGGCUGGCAUCUCUGUGAACUGAAACAUGAGAUAAUCUUAUUAUAGGUAAAAUGGGUUUUUGAGGCCAGAUUAGGUACACACUGAUCAUAUAAUGUUCAAGUAUUGACAGUACAGGGACUUAUGACCAGCUUUCAUCACAAUCAUGCCUUUUAAGUCCAAUAAGUUCUGUUGUUCAUAUGUAUGUGCAUAUGCCACUGUGGUCUAGGUGGAAUAUUGCUGACUACAGGUAACCAUGGUAUAGCUGUCAUAUUGCUGACAACAGGUCACAGGUCGUCACUAUUAUAUAACUGUAAUGUUGCUGGUUGCCAUGGAAUGGCUGUAGUAUUGUUGGUUGCCAUGGUAUAGCUGUAAUAUUGCUGGUUGCCAGGAUAUGGCUGUAGUAUUGCUGGUCACCAUGGUAUGGCUGGAAUAGUGCUGGUCACCAUAGUAUAACUGUAAUAUUGCUGGUUGCUAUGGUAUAACGGCAAUAUUGCUGGUUGCCAUUGUAUAGUGGUAAUAUUGCUGGUCGCCAGGGUAUGUCAGUAGUAUUGCUAGUUGCCAGGGUAUGGCUGUGAUAUUGCUGGUCACCAUAGUAUAACUGUAAGAUUGCUGGUUGCCUUGCUAUAAUUGUAAUAUUGCUGGUCGCCAUUGUAUAACAACAAUAAUGCAGGGUGCCAUGGUAUAGCUAAUAUUGCUGGUCACCAUGGUAUCAGUUAUAAUGCUGGUCUGCAUGGUAUAACUGUAAUAUUGCUGGUAACCAUGGUAUAACUGUAAUAUUGCUGGUAACCAUGGUAUCAGUAAUAAUGCUGGUCACCAUGGUAUAACUGUAAUAUUGCUGGUAACCAUGGUAUAACUGUAAUAUUGCUGGUAACCAUGGUAUCAGUAAUAAUGCUGGUCACCAUGGUAUAACUGUAAUAAUGCUGGUCACCAUGGUAUAACUGUAAUAAUGCUGGUCACCAUGGUAUAACUGUAAUAAUGCUGGUCACCAUGGUAUAACUCUAAUGUGGCUGGUCACCAUCUUAUAACUAAUGUUGCUGGUAACCAUGGUAUAAUAACUGUAAUAUUGCUAGUAACCAUGAUGAGCUGUGAUAUUGCUGACUAUGACUCCAUGGUGUGACCAUGACUGAUAUAUUGCUGACUACAGGCUGCCUGGUGUAGAUGUUAUAUUGCUGACUGCAGGUCGCAUUGGUGCAGCUGUGAUAUUGCUAACUACAGUUUACAGUGGUUUGCUGUUGUAUUGCUUACUUGAGUUCACUGAUGUAUUGCUCUACAAUUGCUGACUACAGGUCACUGUAGUAUGGCUAUAACAUUGCUGACUACAGAUCCCUGUGUAUAGCUCUUACAAUUGUUACCCCACUCUAUCCCUCUUUUCUGUAGCGCUGUUAAUGCUGAGUGUCCAUUGAGAGAGAAUCGUCACCAGGUUCCAGGGGAAGCAUGUAUACUAUGCGUAUAUCCAUGGCAACUAUGCAGCUUCUCAUUAUUUCAUCUUCCAGUGUCAUCCUCAUUCCAUUAUCCAUUGCUAGUGUGGAAAGUGGGACAGUGUUGUCUCCAUAUUCACAGAUGGAAACAGGACUGAUGUCCAGGUCUUCUGGGCCCACUUACACAAAGCGAUCUUAGCGCUGAGACCAUUGUAAGCCUAUGUUAAAGUAUGGGAGUUAUUAUCAUCUUAGCGCUAAGAUCGCUUUGUGCAAUUGGGCCCUUGUCCAGGACAGGAGACUUUUCAGCUGCUGCCUCUGUUCCAUCACGAUUAUCCAGUGUAGUUUAUCUCCAUUCUCUGAUGAUAAAUACCCUGGAGCACUUACCACCACAACUUGGUUUUGAAUCAAGUUAAUGCAGUGCAGAAGACAAUGCAAAAAUAGCUGCCCAAACACAUUACUUUGUUCUCAUGAUUGAAAUGAGCAGAAAUAUCAUCAGUCUUUGACCUACCACGUUUCAGAUCACCCAAUGGGUGUGCUUUGUGGCAUAACGAUUUUGACUUUCCAGUCUUAAUGCUUUACAGGAAAUAAUCAUUUAAGUGUCUCCUCAUUUGAUUUAGUAUAUACAGCUUGCUUGUACGAGUGAGCGAUUUUGGAUGGAGAUCCAAUCCGAACUCUCAUUAAAAGAAGCAUUUUGAUUGGUUGGGUGUUGAUUUCAAACCCUUGAGUGAGAGAAGUUCUGUAUCAAGAUAGUGAUAUGAGAGAUUGAGCUACUCGUGUCACUUCCAGAAGCUGUGGUGUGGGUGGAUCAAGGGUAUACGUCAGCAUGAUCCAGAUAUGGUACACUUGGAGAGGGCUGUAUGUGUUUAUCAGUAUCCAUUCUCAUAGAGUUGCCUUCUCAGAGUCUACCCAAUAACACUGGGAACAAGAUUAAGGGGCAAAUAUUAAACAUGUUAAAGAUGGGUACAAUGUGUGAAGCCCAUUUCUGGUGUCCCCCGCCGUGAUAUUGCUGGAAUAUUGCUAAGAGUGGCGUAAAACCAUACUCACUCACUCACUCACUCAUGUUAAAGAGUGCAACCUAGAGAUUACCACACAAGUGUCUGUCUGGAUUUAAGAAAAUGAGAACUCUGAAUCUCAAUUUUGAAACAAUAUAACAAAAAAAUAAUAGUCUUUGUUCUCAGGCACCGCCCGCAUCAUCAUAAAGUCUGCCGCACGUUACAUCUUUAUUUCCAUUUUCCAAAAACAUAAGGAAAUCCUAAUACUUAAAAACAA